AGAGUUCGGGGAAGGAGAGGGUCACGUCGGAGUCCCUAAAACGCGGCUUUACCUGGGUCGCCCUGCGCAUGUGCAUUAGGAAAGCAGGGAGGGGAAAAAAUGGGCGUCGGGAGUUUUCUGGUGUACAGGCUGCGCGAGAAAUAUCAGAGAGAGGGAUUGAUGGGAACGGCAACGCGUUGUUUCGUCUCAUUUUGUGCGGUGUCGCGCGAUAGCGUGUGGGGAACUCAAAGGUUCCGUCUUUAAAUGAGGAAAUGACCGCCGGCUGCGACUUGAGUAGUAAGGAGCAAGGGGGUGGAAAUCACAGCUGAGCCAUUGCGCCUGCGCAACAGCUUUUCCGUGAUAUUACCUGUCUUCUGACUACAAGAGGGAAGAAAAAAAUGGCUACCGCAACUUAUUUAGCUUGGGCACCCGCGAUAAAAGACCCACUCCGUUCGUAUGCGCAUGCGGCUGGCGAAAUCCCGCAAGAUCUCCAAAAAGCAGCGGCUCUCGGACGGAGUUCUAAUGGCAGUGGUUCUGAAGGCACCGAGGCUGGUGUGGCGUGCGGCGCUGCUGGGGGUUCGCUCGGUGGUGACCAGUUGCUGUAGCAUGACGGCAUCUAGCAGCUCCCAGCAGAAGCCCAUUCCUCCACCAGCCAAGUAUGGGGGCCGCCACAUGGUGACCAUGAUCCCAGGUGAUGGCAUCGGCCCAGAGCUCAUGUUGCAUGUCAAAGAGGUGUUCAGACACGCAUGUGUUCCGGUGGACUUUGAGGAGGUUCGCGUGAGCUCAGAGGCACCUGAGGAUGACAUGGAGAACGCCAUCAUGGCCAUCCGCCGGAAUGGCGUCGCCCUCAAAGGAAACAUCGAGACCAACCACUACCUGCCACCAUCCCAUAAAUCCCGUAACCACAUCAUCCGCACCAGCCUGGAUCUCUAUGCCAAUGUGAUCCACUGCCAGAGCCUGCCUGGGGUGGAGACACGGCACCAAGACAUUGACAUUCUCAUUGUGCGGGAGAACACAGAGGGCGAGUACAGCAGCCUAGAGCACGAGGCAGGAAAAGAACCCAUGUGUCCUGACCCUGCCCCCACAUUGGCACAGAGUGUGGCAGAGAGCCUGAAGAUCAUCACAGCAGAACGAUCGCAGCGCAUUGCGGAUUAUGCCUUCCGCCUGGCCAACGCCACCGGGCGCCGCAAGGUCACAGCUGUGCACAAAGCCAACAUCAUGAAGCUGGGGGAUGGGCUUUUCUUGCAGUGCUGCCGGGAGGUGGCAGCCGCUUACCCCAACAUCGCCUUUGAGAGCAUGAUUGUGGACAACACUACCAUGCAGCUGGUGUCCCGCCCCCAGCAGUUUGAUGUCAUGGUGAUGCCUAAUCUCUAUGGCAACAUUGUCAACAAUGUCUGUGCUGGGCUGGUUGGCGGCCCUGGGCUGGUGCCUGGUGCCAACUAUGGGCGCGAUUAUGCUGUGUUUGAGACGGCCACCCGCAACACAGGCAAGAGCAUUGCUCACAAGAAUGUUGCCAACCCUACAGCCACACUCCUGGCCAGCUGCAUGAUGCUCGACCACCUCAAACCCACACACCUGACAUUGGGGGCCAGGGCACCACAUCGGAGGCCGUGCAAUCCAUUUUAUGCCACUUGCGGCCAUGAUGCCUUUGUCCACUACGAUGACAUUAUUGCUCCAGGGCCCUGCCACUGCUCCUUCCCCCACACUUAAGGGGGACCCCAGGAUUGGGGGGGGGGCUGGCCACCCCCCUUCCCCCUCUCUGUCAUUGCUCGUGUUUAUAGUAAGUGAUUGUGCAGUAAACUUGCUUCUGCCUGCU